UUUUUUUGCAUCUUUCUCCAUUAUUGUCUACCAUAUUAUAUUUGUACUUUCUCAUCCUUGUUAUUAAAUGCAAAAUUGAAAUCCAUCCCCAUAGUUUCCAUUUCCAUUUAUAGCUCCUCCUCACCAACCCAAUUAUUACUCUAUUUAGCCACAUAAUUACUCUUGUACUAUCAGUUAUAAACACUUGAAAGUUGAACACAUACCAACUUACCUUGCCCCUCUAAAAGCCUAACAAAUCUUCAAAAAUCAAAACCCUGAAAAUCUAAACAGUGAAAGAAGUAAUAAAAAAUAAAACUAUAAAAAAUGGAGGGAGGAGGAGGGGGAGGAACAGCAGGAGCCACAACCAACACAAAAUCCCAAACUCACAUUCAUUCUCGCCCUGUCAGAACUUCUUCUAGAUUCUUCUAUGGCGGCCAUCACUCUUCUUCUCCGGCCAUUUUUAGUGGGCCCGUUAGAAGGUGGGAGAAGAAGUGGGUCCAAGUCUCACCUUCAAAUUCUUCCACCACUAAUAAACCUCGUAAACUCUUUUUAUCUAAUGGUCUUAAAUUACAUGAUUCUCCCAUUCUUCUUUGUAAAUGGACCCCACUUUCUCGUCCUUCUUCUGCUUCUACUGGUGAUGAUGAUUUGAGUUCCGUCCAAGUUUCCCGACGAAGGUUUCGUUAUACUCCGAUUACCGUUGUUGAGGAGAAGAAAAAGCGAAUAGAAAAUAGAGUUGCUGAUGGAGAUAUAUCUGGAGAAGCCAAUCCAUCUGCAGAAAGGUCUGCAACGGAUAGUGAUGAUAUGUAUGGCUUGCCAGAUAUAAACAGUGAUAUCUUUGGAGCGCAUCUGAGAACCAGUGAGUGCGACUUAAUUUAUUCAAGGAGAAGCCACUUAAAUCUCGGCGUGCAGCUUGAUAACAAGAAUACCGAUGGCCAGCCUGAUUUGAAUGUGCAGAGCCUCUGGGCCAUGAACUAAGAGUCUUUGCCUGUAGAUAACAUAGAAAUGAAGGCUUCGACAUUUCCCGAUCUUGUAGUCGGUAGAUUGAUGCAUUUCAUAGGCUGCAGCUUAACAGUAGUAGAAUCAUGUUGAGACUCUUGAGUAAUAACAGCCUAUGUUCCCGUGGGAGAUGCUCAGAUUGUGCAAUUGUAAUGACUUUGUUCUGUGGAUGACAGGUUAACAAUUGAGUGUGUAUAUUGGGCAGUCUAUGUUACUUAAAUCUUCACCCCCUUCCCCAUUUAUGUGAA